UGUACUUUUUCAAUUGUGAGUUUUGAUUAACUUCAGCAUGAAUUUUAACGAAGAUCCACUAGCGGAACUUCUCAGCGAUAAUAGCCUGGAUAAUGACAACUUUUUUGACACUCCAGCGGGAGGAGGACACAAAAAACCGUCGAAAUCGGCAAAACCGAAGGGAAAACUGGAGGAUUUGUUUGGCAUUCAGGAGGAGACGGAGGCUGAUGUACAGGGCCAGGGUUCAGGAGCCAGGAACAAACCCAAUGCGACCAGCACGCCAAGGAUUGUGAAGCAGAAACCCUCGAUUUCACUGGAUGAUGACCUCGGCGAUGAUGACGAUCUGGGCUUUGAUCCCAAGCGUCCCAAAAGUGGUGGUGCCAAAAGGAGUCUUUUCGACGACUUGCUGCCUAGCAAUGUGGAGCCGAAGAAGAAUAUAUUCGAUGAGAUUCUCGCGGGAGAUGCUGGCAAACGUCCUGCCACCGCCAAACCAUCAAUGUCCCGCCAAUCCACGGAUACCACCACGGAAAACUCGCAGGCGAGACCCAAAACCUCCACGGGUAGAAGGAGUUCGGCGCAAUCGGUCAUCAUGAAUACCGAUCCGUUGGGACUUUUUAAUAGGGAUACAAAUGCCACCGUUUCGGGCAUGUCUACUCCGGUUUCGCGAAAGCGGGGAACCACCGCCGAUUGGUUGGGUUUGGAGCAGGAACAGGAUCAGCAACCCGUUACUCUCAAGCCGCAGACGCCCCAAAAGAAGCAGGAAUCCAAUGAAGACGCUCCAAAGAAUACAUCCGAAAUUCUGCGACUUCCCGACUCCGAUGAGAACGAAAUCGAACCGGAACCGGAAAUGCCUGCUGUACCUGUUCCAUCUGCCGUGACAGCCUCUACUCAAAAUAUCCUGAUGCUUAGCAAUCUCAAUUUGGAGAGCAAUCACAAGUUCAAUGCCUUGCAACAACAGGAGGCGCAAUUGGUGAUUGCCGCGCAAAUGAAGAACCAGGAAAGGACUUUGCUCGAGAUGCAACGGCGUCAGGAGAGCCAGGAUCGCAAGUUCCAGGCUCUAAUUCAACAGCAAUUGCAGCGCCAGCAGCAGAUGGAGGAGCACAUCAAGGGACAGCAGGAACGGAUUAAUAUGCAUAUCCAGCUAAUGAUGUCGCAACCCGUUCAUGUCCAGGACGUACCACCACCACCACCAACGGUAACCGCACCCGUGGAGAAACCGGAACCGGAACCCAAGGAUACCAUGAAGGUAGCGAGCCAGGAACAGGAACACUUGCUGCUCCUUGAAAUGGAAGCCAAGCGCAAUCUGCUCGAAAAACAGCGACUGGAUGAGCUAGUGGCCAACAUGAAGGUCAACUACGAGCAGGAGAUCGAAAUGAUCGACACUUCAUACAAAAAGCAACUAAAAGUACUGGAGGAGCACUUGGCCGCCGUGGAGGAUCGCCUGAAGCUGGAGAACAGCGAGUUGCGUCAGUACUACACGGAUAAACUGGAGAAGCAAAAGGAGGACUACACGGAACAGAUCUCGAACUUGCGACAGGAUCACGAGGACGAAGUGCGCAAGUUGCGUCAGUCACACGAACAGGAUCUCGAGGGAAUUCGUCAGGCGAAAAUGCUGGAGCUUUCUGCCGUGCAGGAUCAUGGAAACUAUCUGGAGACCCUCCGCCUGGCCUCCAGUAAUCUUCAGGAGCUUCGCGACGGGAUGACUGGCAACCAAGAGAAGGAACGCCAGUUGGAGGCUCGGGAACGUCGGUUGGCCGACCAGGAAAGGCGUUUAAAAAUUGAUGAGGAAACGGCUGACGAGGAGAAGCGCCGACUUAUGGAACUUGUGAGCACCCUGGAGCUUCAGUUGGGCCGCCUUUCCAAGGAUUCCGCCGAGGAGAACUGGCAGCUGCGACAGCGAAUGUCCAGUUUGGAGGCGGAACGCAAGGCUUUCGAGCGCGAAAAGGACUUUCAUCGUGAGCAAAUGAAGCGCGAUGAAAAGCGCGUAGAAGACCUGAAAUCCCUUCAGCUGGCCGAAAUGGAGCGACUACACCAGGAUCUCCAACAGGAGCGAAAUCAACUGGCCGUAGAACGCCAGCAAAUGGAGCUGAAACAGCAGCUCCACGAGCACGGCGAUUCGGACAAAGAUCGCCGAGAGUUGGAGGCUCAACUUCAGGUGGCCCGCGAUGCCAUUCGACGGGCGGAUGAGGAGCGGGAUCGGUGUCACAAGCUUCAGCGGGAAGUGGAGCAGCGCAAACGUCUUCUGCUUGACAAGGAAAAUGCCCUCAAUCUCAAGGAGGACGAGCUGGGUCAAGCCACCGGUGCCUAUCGCCUGGCCACCAGCCGCACCCACUUGGCCGCAAAGGCUCGAGAGGCGGACCAGGUGCUCCAGGCCAAGUUCAAGAUAAUGGCCAAACGGGCUCAGGAUCUGGGCGAAAAGGAGGCCCAAUUGGCCCAGGAACGAAUGCUUCUGGCACAAGAUCGUAUCGCCCUGGUAAAUCUGAAGAAGCAGAUUCUUCGCAGCAGGUGUGCCCUCUGCAAAAUGGGUGCAGAAUCUGCGGAAUUUGCCCUUCGACGGGGUAAUCCACAGACCAUCACGGAUAUCCAGUUGCCAUCCAAAAUGUCCGCCCAAGAACCGGGCCAAGUUCAGAGUGACAUUGUGGAUCGAAUGCUGGACGAGAAUAUAGAGGCCUCUUACCGUCGGAUGUAUAACGCCCCACCGAGUAGUUCCUUAGAUGAUCCCGAUUAUGGUGGUGGACUGGACGAUGACUCCAAGGCAGCAAUGGAUCACGGCAGGAAUCUAGAUUUGGAUGAGGCAUUUUUGGCCAACUUUAAAUAGAAACUUUUAACCAAAGAUAAAUAAA